UUCAAGCAGCUGAAAAUUGGAAAGUCCCUGACAGCCAGGAGAGAGACGGCUUCCGGGUAGGACCUACAAUUAUAAAAAUGAGGGGUGCUAGUCCUUUAUUCGCCCCACUUCCGCCAUGGAUUUAAGGAACCAGCAGAUGUGAUUUCACUCGGAAUUGUAUCGUAGUGAAUGCUCCAGUGCGAGUGCUGGCUAGUGGAGCUAGCUCUUUGUGUGGCUAGCUGCUAGGAUGUGUUGUUGUUGAGCCAAGCAACCCUCCCGUCGUUCGGUAGAAUAAAUAAUCAGUAAAAUUCAGCCUUGUUACAUAAGAGAGAAGAGGGGAAGGUGUUCGGCUAAAGAGGAAGGAAGGACAUGGGCAACUGUCUGAAGUCGCCGACUUCGGACGACAUUUCUUUGCUCCAUGAAUCUCAGUCCGAUCGGGCCAGCUACGGAGACGGCGCUGACACCGACCAGGAGCCACCGCCCCCUUACCAGGAGCAGAUCCAUGUUCCUAUCUACCACCCGACACCCAGCCAGGCCCGUCUGGCCACCCAGCUGACAGAAGAGGAGCAGGUGCGCAUCGCCCAGCGUAUUGGACUGAUCCAGCACCUUCCGAGGGGCGUUUACGACCCCGGGCGGGAUGGCACUGAGAAGAAGAUCAGAGAGUGUGUCAUCUGCAUGAUGGACUUUGUGUAUGGGGACCCUAUCCGGUUCCUGCCGUGCAUGCACAUUUACCACAUGGACUGUAUAGAUGACUGGCUGAUGAGGUCCUUCACCUGCCCGUCCUGCAUGGAGCCUGUGGACGCCGCACUGCUUUCCUCGUAUGAGACCAACUGACAAAGAUGUGCCUACGCACGUACACAUUUAUCUACACAUACAUACACAUAAUAGUGAACACAUCCGGGAUUAGUAAAAGCAGUCAAACAUCGGAGGCCAGAGUUCACGAAUAGUGGGCCUGCUGGUCAGGAUUGCAUCUGGGAAGACGGAAUGAGAAUUUUGGAGCAAGAAAAGCAAAGACUGGAGCAAAAGGGUAACUUGUGAUGACAAAGCCUUUUACACCAAGCCCCUUUUAUUGACCUUAGACACGGACUGUGAUGUCACACAAGGCAAUAUUUGCCCACCAUGAUGUCUUCUCUAGAAACACUGGCUCCAAGCUGCACACCUCAUGACAAAAGAACAGCUGCGGUCUGCAGAGAUGCAGAUUGAUCUCCCAUGAGAAAUGUCAGAUUGAUCGUUCUGUGGCGUGGUUACACUCCUUUUGUUUUGUUUUUUUCAAGUCAGCAUAAGGGCUGUGGUCUACCCCCACACCCCCCACCCCUGCAUGGUAAAAAAAAAAAAAGAAAAAAAAAAGCUCACCUCAACCAGUUUACUCUGAAAGCACAAAUGUUUGUCUCAGCGUCUCCUUUGUGUCUCCAGCACAUUCAGAUCUGGUAUACGGUGAUAAGGACUACAGCAUUUGAAGCGCGUUGGAUAAAGAAAGGGAUGUCAGCGCCCCACUUUUUUUCGUCUUUUUGCACAGUAAUCAAGUUUGUGUUGUCCAUUCUUCAUGACGGUGGAGCAUUGCGGCCUUAGUUACAUGCGAGUGAAGGUCAUUCUGAGCUGCUAAAAUGUGUGAUGCAGGAAAGGAAGGGAGGGAGAGGGAGAGCACAGAUUGUGUCCGAUUGUGUAUUUUUUUGUGUGUAUAUGUGUGCGAUAUGGGCUGUCAAAAAUAAUGCGUUAACGGCUGAAAUAUUUAACGUACGCCAUAGUCGGCAGAUGGAGGCAAUUCUAACACCACAUACAGAAUUUAUCUCGCUAACACAUCUCUCCAUCCAUCCUUGGAAAAACGCUUCCUCACUCUCUACCACAUUUGCGCGAGGUGCGUUCAUGGACACGCUGAACGCCACAACAGCGUCUUUAUUAUGCAUGUAUGUGUGGUCUUAAUAAACGGAAAGACAAAGAAAAACAAUACAUAGAUAUUGUUAUCAGCAUUUAAGUAUGCUCGGAAACCCCGGAAAAUACAGCGUGAAUGUGAACAUGUGCAUUCUACUGAAAUUACGUGGUGUCUUUGAAGGCAACCCUCAUUGUUUACAAUGUUCUGCUACAGUUAAAGAGACUACAGGCAAAUAGAUUUUCAGACGUGUGGCGUCUUUUUGCUUAAUUUAAUUUUUAAUUUCAUUUGGAACUGUUAAAACAUACAGCUAUAUGUACAGUAUGUCCUGUCAUUGAUCUUUCUGUUCAUAAAAUACGGUAAGAAUGGGAAUAUUUCAGACAUAGUUACAAAUUAUGACUAAUGGUGAUUAAUUAAUUUGAAAACUGUGAUUAAUCUGGCUAAAAAACUGUAAGCAUUUGACAGCCCAUAUAAUGUGUGUGUGUUUGUGUGUGUGUGUGUGUGUGUGUGUGUGUAUAUAUAUAUAUAUAUAUAUAUAUAUAUAUAUAUAUAUAUAUAAAUUUUUUUAAACCAGUUGAAAAUUUCAAGAAUUUAUAUUUUGCACUGUUAGUAGACCUUCAAAAUGCAAAAAGAAGAAGAAAUAGGAGUGAGACAAACAAUUUAUUGCAAACAACUAUUAACCUGAAAUGACUGUUCAUUAGCUGGUCAAAAGUUUAAGACCAUAGCUCAAAAAAACCUGAAACCCCCCCUAAAAUAGAAAUACAAUUUAAAAAAAAAAGGACUCAGAUGCUGCGCCAUUCUUGUUAAUCACCUCAGGAGGCUAGUGGGAAUGCUGCUCCAGGUGGUGAAGAUUGCUUCACGGAGGGCAUCCACUGUCGGGAACUGAUGUCCAUUUUUGUAAACUUCCCUUGCCAUCCAUCCCCAAAUGUUGUCAACUGGAUUUAGAUCAGGGGAACAUGUAGGAGGGUCCAAAAGAGUGACGUUAUUCCUCUGGAAGAAGUCCUUUGUCAGGUGGGCAUUGUGAACUGCAGCGUUGUCCUGUUGGAAAAAGCCAGUCAUUACCACACAGACGAGGGCUUUCAGUCAUUAGGGAUGCCCCCAGCUGCCGUUUGACGCCCCUGCACAACCUGAAACUCCAUUGUUCCACUGAAGGAAAAAGCACCCCAGAUCAUGAGGGCGCCCAAACGGGCAAAUUUUGAGACGAGGCCUUUGAAGACGUUUUUUUCUUCUUAAAACCCUUCUCUCGCAGAUGCCGUAUGACGGUUGUUGGACUGCACCCUGCACCAGUGACAACCUUCAUUUGGGCCGAGGAUGGUCCCGUGUCUUGGCGGACAGCCAAUCGGAUCCUCCGGCUCGGGGCCGGUGACAUUUUUGAAUUUUUGGGUCUACCACAUGACGUUUUUUUGUUUCAUAACGCUCAGGAUCUUUGAAGAACUUUCAAAUGACUGUCUUACUGCGUCCGACCGACCUCAGCAGCACUGGCGCGCUGCGAGGGGCCUUGCUCAUGCAGCGCAACAAUCUGACCACGUUCAAAGAGAGAAAGGUUGUUUUUUUCUGCUGUCCAGAGAUCGUGACAGUGGGAAUACCUGACAGAAAAUGACAUUGAAUCCACAAUUUUGCCAAGAUGUGGGCCUUUUUAUUCAUAUUAAUGCUUGUUCGCGGUAAAUUGCUUACUGAAAAUGUUUUUUGUCUCACUCCCAUUUCUUCUUUUUGCUUUUUGAAGCUCUACUUAGAACCUCCAACAGUGCAAAAUGUAAAUUAUUUACACUGGUUUGAAGAUUUUGAUCAGGAGUGUGUAUAUAUAUAUACACACACACACAUUAUAUUGUAACACACAUGUCGCAAGGAUAUCACUUUUAUAUAUACACACAGAGUAUAUAUACUGUAUAUAUAUAAAUAUGAGAACUUGCAUUUUGCAGCGUAGGGUGCAGUUUUUUUUAUAUGGCGGUCCAAGUACCUGUACAUGAAGGUAAAGGCCACGUGCAAAUGUACAGUAUCUCACAAAAGUGUGUACAUCCUUCACAUUUCAGCAACCAGUUUCAUGACAGCAGAUCUUCUGGAAGGGCAACACUAGAAAUGAAACUUGAAUGUGCUUAAGAGUUGUUUGUGUACAUGUUGCUCAUUAAGAAGACGUGAAAUGGAAGACACUAAUUUACUUUGGUUAAAAAAAAAUGUCUUCAAAUACUUCUUAGUCCCAUUUAUUUAAUGUAUUUAUUAACUGAGAAACAUUUACGGUAUGUUCUUACCUUGUACCUGUAAAUGAAGUUCCUUCUCCUGGAAAAGCUCUGAUACUUUGGUGGAACAGUGUGAUCACCUCCUGGUGAGUUUGGGUAUAUAAUCCUCCAUCUUGGCAGUCAAAUGUAUUCAUUCAUUCACAACAGCAUACAAAUAUCUUGCGUUUGACUUAUUCCUCUCCACCUGUCAGAAUAAAUGCAAUCUUUUCAUCUUUCUAUGGCAGAACGGCAGUGAAAAGCAUCUUCCAGCUCAAACGCGCCCCCACCCGUCAGGACGUAGCGGUACUGCAGGUGCCUCCCGUAUGACAUUUCGCUCAAUUGUAUUGCCCGAUUAGCAAGAAUACACAGGCUGCAUAAAGUCCUGGUUUAUAAUAAAUGUUUCUGCAACAUUGGCGACAUGCUGACAAACAGAAACUGGCAGGCGCCACGAGCCAACUCUGUGUGCACUCAGAUGGUAGGCAAGGCUUGCACGCUAAUGCAAGAAGAUACACUACCAGUAGCAAUGUGCAAAGUCAACCAUUUUUACUUGAAAAUGUUAAAAACAACUGUAAUCAUGCAGAGAAAACAUUUACAAUACGGUUCAAUAGACAAAUAUUUUACUAUUAUUCGAGGCGCUGCCUCCCCUGACUGCACGUCACUGCUCAACGCACAGUUGUUAUUGUUUAAAUACAAGACUAAAUAUACGAUGUACCUUACUUUGAAGUUAUUUCUGGUAUGGUAUAGGGCUGUUGAUUAGAAUGUCAUGAUAAUGUCAUUUACAGAGCAGCUGUCUCGAGGAAACGGGUCAGACUGAGCUAUGACAUCGAUACUGUGAAUGAUAAUACACGUAAGAUGCAAGUGGUAGUGUGCGAGACAGGAUUGGACCCGCACUUAAAGUGCUUUACGCACAAUAUAAACCUUGCAGUCCAACCUACCUUGGUGUUUCCAGCCUCACUCGUUAUUUUUCAUCGGAGCUCAACAGCUGCGGCAGUGUUCAUCUCCGAGCGGAAGUUGUAGUAAUUCUACAUUUGAUCAAAGUCAAUCAAUAUACGAUCGCUGCAUAAGCCUUCUUUCGAAACAUGUGAUACAAGCGUCGAAUUCGGACCGACAUCCUAGUAGUGCGCUCAUGGCGUCAUGGGAACUGUUCUUUUAGCAUAAACAAAAAAUUAAUCUACUGCAAUCUUUUAGAUGUGUCUUUACAUCACUACACGCCAACAUAAAUGGUUAGUACUUGUAGCUAUAACUGCUGUCACUAUUUUCACUUUUAGCAUUUUUAGUUUUUGUGGAAACAAGUUCCAACAUUUAAAAGCACAAUGCUUAGGUCAUCCAUGCAAAAUUACGAAACAUUUCAAAAUGUACCUGCACUGUAUUGUGACUCAGUUAAAUAAACUGUUUGUCCAGUUCCAUAUUCUGUCAUUGUUGUUUUCUUAAAAGUCAUGUUAAAAUAUCUGUCUCGUCCUGUUCCCGUGAGCCCGAUAUCAUGUAUCGUCUCGUCUUGUGACAUCCCAAGUAUUGUCCAAUGAGAAGAUGUACGGUAAUAAAAAUGGUUGCUGCAAUGUGA